AGCAAUUGACCCGCUGGUAAAACCACACAAGCAAAUCUCGUGAGGAGUGAGAGGACCCGAGAGGGCGAAGCUAGGGUUCCUCCCCUGCUCCCCCGCCGCCGCCGGCAACCCACGCUCUCCCCCGCCACCGCCGGCCGCCGGUCGCGCCCCCAGCCCGCCUCCCUCCCCUUUCUUCCCUCCUCCCCUGCGCUCCCGUCGCCCCCCGAAGCGGCGGAGCGCCCCAUCUGCUCCUCCCGUCUCGACCCGCCCUCCUCCUCCUUCCCCCUUCGUCGCCGCCGGCAGCGGCCUCUGGCGUGCUCGGGUGGCGCCGGCGGCGGCGGAUGUCCCUUCCCCGCGCGCCUGAAGGGGGAGUCGGGGCUCCCUCCUGCCCGGCAGUGGGGCUCGACGGCAGAGCCCGGCGGGCCUCGGGUGCCCUCAACGUGGCGGCGUGGUCGUUGGCUGCGGGGCGGCGCUGUGGGCUGCUGGCCGGCGCCACCCGCUCAGCCCAGAUCUGGGCCCUUUCGGGCCCCAUCUAGGCUGGGGCGGGCCUGCGGGUCCGGGCGUGUUGGCGUGGCUCCCUGGUGGUGUGGCGAGGCGGCGGUGGCUGUGGUGGUGAUGGCUCCGGUGGCCGACGUGCUGCAGCGUGGCUGCAGGGAUUGUCCAGACCUGUUUGGGUCCGGCCGGGCCGGCCUGGCCUGGCAAAUCCCUGUCGCUACGUCUGGUCGGCUCCGCGCGGCGGUGGAGGUUGUUCCCUCCUGUUGGCUGCGGUGUGUCUUCUCGUCCUUCCUCCAGGCUUCGUGUUGGCGACCUCAGUGAGACGGUGAAAAUGGGGCAGUAUCCGUAGUGGCACAGGCUGGUGGGCGGCAUGUUGAGCGGUGCGCUUUCGAUUAUCUGAGGUGGCGGUGGUGGUUUCAGGGCAGGAGAAAUCUCUGGCGGCUCGUUCGUCACCGGCGUGGCUGCGCCCGUGGGCGUUGCCGGACCCUCCUGAGGGGCGUCGGUGAUACACCUUCCCCACUGCCAUCUGUGUACCGGGGAAAACCCUAGGAUUUGUCCGGGCAGCAGCGGCGUCGUCGUCGCAUUUCUUCCUGAAGAUGUUGCUUGGUACGUGAGGCUUCGGAGUGCUUGGCGGGCGGUGGUACUUCUCCGGAGGGUACAGUGGGUGUCAGCCAUCUUUGCUUAGUUGAACUGCCGGUGUCGGUAUUUGUUUUUUUUUUUGGGGUGGGGGGGGGGGGGGGGGGGGGCUUGUUUGUGCUGCGGCUCCAGCAAGCUGCUUGUAUCGGUUGAACGUUGUUUUAUAAUCUAAAAUGGGGGAAACCUUUUUUCUCAAUGGCGUACAGCAGCUGAGUAGAAACAGAGUAGCAAGAGUGCACACUGCCCAGCCCAAGAUCCACCCCCUUCCUCCCUCAGUCCCUCCUCUUACGCGCUGGUGGGUAAGGUUCCUCGCCGAGAGCAAACCACUCGUUUCCGACCAUCGCCGUGCGUCCCCUGCCGCCGCCGCUCCUGCUGGGGGAGUAGCCUCCAGGUCCAGCGCAAGAAAAAGGGUCAGCAUAGCAGAUUUUUGUGAGGCAGGUUUCAAAUAAGGGAGACGAACAUCUGAAGCUGUACUUAGUACUCGUACAUUCCUAGGAGAUUGAUAUGGAUCUCACGUUCCAGUUGAUAGAACAGAUUACCAAAAGUUUCUCUGACGAUCAAAAUAUUGGCUGUGGUGCGUAUGGGGAAGUUUACAAGGGAGUGCACAAUGGUGAAGAAAUUGCCAUUAAGAAGCUUUACAACAUGCAAGGGAUUGAUGACAAGGAAUUUACAAAUGAGUUCCGUAAUCUUAUGAAGGUCAAGCAUCCGAACAUCGUACGCUUAAUUGGCUACUGCUAUGAAAUACGACAUAGACAUGUUGAGAUGAACGGAGAACUUGUUUUCGCUAAAAUAAUAGACCGACUUCUCUGCUUUGAAUAUAUGGAGGGUGGAAGCCUUGCUAAGUAUAUUUCUGAUGAAUCCUGUGGUCUUGAUUGGCCCACUCGAUACAAAAUCAUUAAGGGAAUUUGUGAGGGUCUAAAUCAUCUUCAUAAUGGGCGGAGUGAUUAUAUUUAUCAUCUGGAUUUGAAACCGCAUAAUAUACUGUUGGAUAAAAACAUGAUGCCCAGGAUUGCAGAUUUUGGCAUGUCAAGACUCUUAGCUUCAUCCAAAACCCAUAUAACUCAAACUCUAAAAGGAACACUAGGGUACAUGCCACCAGAAUUCAUUGACAAGCGCAGAAUCACAAAGAAGUAUGAUGUGUUCAGUGUUGGUGUCAUAAUUUUACAAGUAAUGGCUGGAGCUCAGGGCUACAACAAUUGUUGUGAGAUGUCUUCUCCCCAACAGUUUAUCGAGCUUGUACAUGAGAACUGGAAGAAAAGGCUUCAAGGGAUGCCAAUGCAGGAAAAUACUUACUCAAUUGACAUCCUAGCAGUGCAGAGAUGUAUUGAACUCGCAGUGAGAUGUGUGGAGGCCGAUCCCGUAAAAAGGCCUAGUAUAAUGGACGUCGUCGAUGAGCUGAAUAAACUAGAUGCUGACAUGAAGAAUAUAUCACUUCCAUGCCAGGAAACUUCUGAUUCCAAAGAUCUUGAGCUCGAUCCUGCCCUCGAGCUACGCUUCCCAUUUGAGCUAAACAGGGACAUAUCAUGUUGUAUGCAGCUAAUCAACAAGACAAACGAGUUCGUUGCGUUCAACAUCAGAACCAAUAAAAUGAAGUACAGUGCACGGCCAAAUAACGGGACUAUGGCACCAUAUUCCAAGAUUUAUAUCACAUUUACAUUGCUGGCACAAGACAAGGAUCCACCCUAUAUGCGGUGCCAAGACAUGCUCAUUGUGCAGAGCACUAGGCUCAGCAUGGAAUCCGGUGAUGAGAUCACUGACGAGUUCUUCGAGAAGGCAGUGGCAAGUAGGGUGGUGGAUGAGGUGAAGUUGCCGAUUGUCUAUGUUGUGUAGUUACUGUGCUGGAGCAUGAGUGAAAUCCAUCUAGGUGAGUGACAUGACAAGGGAAACAUAGAGGCUCAUGACUUGCAUAAAGUUCUGCGGAUAUUUGAGAGUAGAUUCUGUCGGCAAGAAAACUAUGUUCAACUUUUGCGUGUAUAACCGUUUAGAAAGACUAAUAUGAACUUAGAUCUGUAUCCACCCUUCACUAGUUAUAUGGACUCAAAGGAUUCAUGCUA